AUGGCAGAAGCCCACCAGGCUGUGGCAUUCCAGUUUACAGUUACACCAGAAGGUAUUGACCUUCGAUUAAGCCAUGAGGCUCUUAAACAGGUUUACAUCUCCGGGCUCCGAUCCUGGAAGAAGAAGCUAGCUCGCCUCAGGAAUAGUUUUAUUACUGGUGUCUAUCCUGCCAGUCCUUCAAGCUGGCUGUUUGUGGUAAUUGCCAUCAUGGGAACUAUGUACGCUCGUGUGGACCCAUCCAUGGGAAUGAUUGGCAAAAUCAAAGAACAUCUGCCAGUCAGUGGCUACCUUUCUCACCAGGGGCAGAGCAUUAUCAGCGCCCUACUCUUUUCCACAGGCCUAUGGUUUGCACUUAUCAUGACUAUGCGCUACAUCCUGAAGCAGCUCUUGUCGUACCAUGGCUGGAUGUAUGAUCAGCAUGGCAAGAUGUCUGCCACCACCAAGCUGUGGCUGACUUUGGUGAAGAUUUUCUCAGGCCGUAAGCCCAUGUUAUACAGCUACCAAGCGUCACUUCCUCGCCUUCCUGUACCAGCAGUUAGGGAUACAAUGCAGAGGUAUUUGGAAUCUGUGAGACCUCUAAUGAAUGAUGAGGAAUUUAAGCGCAUGACGGCAUUGGCCAAGGAUUUCGAAGUGAAGCUGGCUCCCAAACUGCAGUGGUACCUGAAGCUGAAAUCCUGGUGGGCAUCUAACUAUGUUAGCGAUUGGUGGGAAGAAUAUAUUUAUUUGCGUGGAAGAGGCCCAAUUAUGGUUAACAGCAAUUAUUAUGCAAUGGACUUCUUGUAUGUGACACCGACCCCAAAUCAGGCAGCUCGUGCAGGUAACACCGUACAUGCUCUGCUGCUUUACAGACGUAAGCUUAGCCGUGAGGAACUUAAACCGAUCAGGGUUCCCGGAUCUAUUAUCCCGCUGUGCUCGGCCCAGUGGGAACGCACCUUUAAUACCACCCGCAUACCUGGAGAGGAGACUGACAUCAUCCAACACUACUCUGACAGUAAGCACAUAGUAGUGUAUCACAAGGGGCGUUUCUUCAAAGUCUGGGUCUACCAUAGCGGACGUUUGCUGAACCCUAAGGAACUUGAGCUUCAGUUCCAGCACAUUCUAGAUGAUUCUAGCCCUCCUCAGCCUGGGGAGGAGAAACUAGCUGCUUUAACUGCUGGGGAGAGGACAACAUGGGCCAGAACUCGUAAAGCAUAUUUUCGCAGUGGAAAGAACCUGCAGGCAUUGGAUCUAGUGGAGAAAGCAGCUUUCUUUGUCACCUUAGAUGAAAGCGAGCAAGGAUUGCGUAGUGAAGAUCCAGUAAAUUCCUUGGAUGCUUAUGCGAAAUCUCUAUUGCAUGGACAAUGCUAUGACAGGUGGUUUGAUAAAUCGUUUUCCUUCAUUAUUUUUAAAAAUGGGAAAAUUGGACUGAAUGCUGAACAUUCAUGGGCAGAUGCACCCAUUAUUGGACAUCUGUGGGAGUCUAUGUUGUAUACAGACUGCUUCCAGCUUGGAUACAAUGAAGAGGGACACUGCAAGGGCCAGGCUGACUCAACAGUGCCUUUACCACAGAGAAUGCAAUGGGAAAUCUCCAAUGAGUGUCAAGAAAUCAUACAAGACUCCCUUAAAGUGGCUCAAUCUUUAGCAGAUGAUGUUGACUUCCAUACAUUCCCUUUCAAAGAGUUUGGUAAAGGUUUAAUAAAGAAGUGCAAAACGAGUCCUGAUGCUUUCAUCCAGAUCGCUCUACAGCUCGCUCACUACAGGACAAAGGAAAAAUUCUGCCUUACCUAUGAAGCAUCCAUGACACGACUUUUCCGAGAAGGAAGAACAGAAACUGUACGUUCAUGCACUAUAGAGUCAUCAAAUUUUGUAAAGUGCAUGAUGGACCCAACAAAAACAGUUGAGGAAAGGCUAAAACUCUUUAGAAAAGCAUCAGAUAAGCAUCAGUUGCUGUACAGAAAUGCAAUGACUGGGGCUGGAAUUGAUCGACAUCUGUUUUGUCUGUAUGUAGUAUCUAAAUACCUGGGGAUGGAUUCACCUUUCUUGAAAGAGGUGUUGUCUGAACCAUGGCGCCUCUCCACCAGCCAGACUCCUAUCCAACAAGUGGAACUCUUUGAUUUAGUAAACCAUCCAGAAUAUGUCUCAUGUGGAGGUGGAUUUGGACCUGUGGCUGACGAUGGAUAUGGGGUCUCCUACAUAAUAGUUGGUGAAAAUCUGAUCAACUUCCAUGUGUCCUGCAAGCUCUCCAGCCAUGAGACAGAUUCCCACCGCUUUGGCAAGCACAUUCGAGAAUCUCUGCUUGACAUUCUGAGCCUGUUCAAACUGGAGAAUAAGUAG